GCUCUGCCGCCACACAGCUGUGCCACAAACGCCUGUAGGGGUCACCUGAGGAAUUUCACUUAACCUGGUUUUGUUAAGAAAAAGUUACUUCGACAAGCAGAGGGGAUGCGAUGUGAAGUAAUAACAGCAAUAAUACAAUAAACCUGAUACUCUAUGGGAUCUUGCUAUAGCUGAAGUGGAGAAGAGAGAAAACCCUGACGACGAUGGCAAGCGUGUGGAAGUUUGGGAAAAAUCACUAUUAUUUAUGGGAAACAAAAAUGGGGGAAAGACCACUAUUAUACUGAGGUGUCUUGAGAGGGAGGAGAUUCCAAAGCCAACAUUAGCCUUGGAAUAUACGUUUGGAAGAAGGGCAAGGAGACACAAUACACCUAAAGAUAUAGCUCAUUUUUGGGAACUCGGUGGUGGAACCUCGUUACUGGAACUGAUUCGAAUACCAAUCACUAGCAACAACAUUAGGUCAUUUGCUGUAGUUCUUGUAUUGGAUUUGUCCAAACCCAAUGAACUCUGGACUACUAUGGAGAAGCUUCUGCAAGUUACCAGGAACCACGUGAACAAAAUUUUAACCAAACUAGAAAAGACAAAUCCUGAAGUAGCUGCUGAAAUGAAACAGAGGAUGCGGAGCAAUCUGCAGAGGGAUCAUCCGGAUUAUGAUUUAGUUGACCCUUUUCCAAUACCCUUGGUGAUAAUUGGAAGCAAAUAUGAUAUUUUUCAUGAGUUUGACUCAGAAAUGAGGAAAAUAAUAAGCAAGACACUUCGAUUUGUUUCACAUUAUUACGGAGCAUCAUUAGUGUUUACCAGUAAAUCUGAGGCUCUCCUGCUGAAAGCCCGUACUCUUAUUAAUCACCUGGCAUUUGGCUAUGAUAAAAGCAAGUCUGUAUCAGUGGAUCACAGCAAACCUCUAUUUAUACCAGCAGGCCUGGAUUCACUGAGCCAAAUAGGACCCCCACCUGCCUCUGACAGCGACAUUGGAAAGAUGCGGGCAAGCACACCGCUGGAACUGUGGAAAAAAGUGUUUGAGAAGGUGUUUCCUCCCGAGAGUUUCUAUGAUUUACAAGAUACUAAGGACCCUGCCCAGGAUUUACAGUACGCUGAGUAUGAAGUUGAUGUCAUGAGAGCUCAGAAAAACCAGGAACUUGAACAAUACAAAAGAAAUGCCUCUAAAACCUGGAAAGAAAUGGAUUUUGACUCUGAUUGAUGAACCCCUAUAGGUGUACUCAGUUUAACAUUUACAAAAUUAUUUGAUCAUUUUAUACUAGCAAUUUAAUCUGAUGCACUUGAAAAGAUAUACUAUCAAACUACAAAAUUAAUAUUCAUCAAGCAUUAUUUUUUGUUAUUUUUUUGUUAUUAUUUUUAAUUAAAAUGUGUUUAUUCAUUCAGUCCAAAUUUAAGUAUAUCUUGCUACUGACACAGAGUUUUAAAAACUGGGGAGAAAGGAGUUGUAGAUUAUUCAGAGAUGGGGCUGACUAUGAAGAUAGACAGAGAUGGAACUGGCAUUAGUCAGUUCUACCUAUUUUAUAAGUUAUAACACAUUAUUUCAUUUACCUUAGAAUGCUUCCAUCCUAAACAUGUAUUUAGCUAUAAACAAAUUUUCGUGCCCAAAAUAUGAAACUGUGUAGUAAAUUAUGCUAGGCAUCUUUUCCUAGUUCCUUGCAUAUAUAAUUCAAAAGCAAAGCUUAAGAAUAUGUUCGCAUCAUUGUUUGAUGUAUUUUAAUGGGAUGGUUCCACAAAAACUGUCAGAAUAAAGUGGAAUUAAAAGCAGGUUUGACCUGGUCUAAAAUUCAGAUGUUUUCUUUAUCCCUGUUUCAGCAUCGUACAGUUUAAUACAGGAGUUAUUUCUUGCAAUGUAUAAAUGUUGUAAUAACUUUGCAGAGAAUUCAGAAGAGGACAUUUCUGUCAAAUGCUCAAAUGCCAGGAAGUCAGUCCAGUCAAUCCGACAGAUACUUGGUGGUGGAAGCAUCAUUGAUUCAGCUGCAGCCUAAGCUGGUGAAAUGCCAGCCUAAACUAGAUUUGGCUUGUUGUCCAUGUACAUCCUCACUAUUGUGUUUUAAGAAUAUGUAUGACAAGAUUUAGAUUAAACCCAGAGGUGUCUCUGGAGAGCUAAGGCUUGUGAGAGAAUCAAUGUCUGAACAGUCACUUGGUAGACCAGAGCGUAAGAAUGUUCCCUGACAAACAACCCUACGCACACAAGAAGUUGGAAAGACCAACUAAUGUGGUAUCUUUCCAGCUCUUUGAAGUUAUGUUAUUUUUUAACAUAUUUGUUCAUCAAAUGUUUUUCUGAUAUAACAUUUUUUUUCUUAGAAUAUUAUGCAUAAAGAUAUUAGAAAAACUCAGCAUCACACUUAAGAGGAGAACUUGCAUUAAUUCGAGGAUUUCAAAUUAUUUGUUACAAAGAGCAUCACCUCAAAGCUAUCAAAUUAAUUAUGGAAUUUUCAGAUACAAGUUUACCUGCCUCCUUGAAGAAAUCUCUAGCUAUCCCUCUGUAAUAAAUAAUUUCUUCACUGAACAUGCAAAGUAAGUUACAGAAUUUAGGAAUUCUGUGUCUGUUAGGCUUUCAACUUUGAGAGAUACUGAUUGAUUAGAUGGAUAAAGUAGACUCUUUGGGAUGUCAGUGAGCUAAUGAGAAUAAUUUCCAAAGAUGCAAACUACAUCACUUCCAAGAACUGGCAAAUAACUUUGAUAGUUUUUAUCCCUAUUUAUUAACAAAGAAAAAAUUGUUCUGGUAAUCCACAAACUGCUUCCAAAACAAGAUUUAGAACUUGAUAAUGAAAAGAAGGAACAGAUAUAAAUAACAUAUGUGCCUUCUGUGAUUUACCAUCAUUUGCAAGAUAAAACCAUGCCAGAUAGCUUUUGUAUUGCUUAAAGAUCCUGUACUCAUUGGUUGUAAAGUAUGCAUAAGAUUAAAGUGGAGUGAUUUCUUGA